UCUCAAUCAUUUUCUAAGUACAAAAUGACUCUGACCCCACUGAAUGCCCGACAUAAAUAUAAAAGGGGGGUUAUAUAUAGACGUUAAUCCUGCUCGCUUUGUGCAAUGCUUGACACAAGGUUUCUCUUCUUAGCUAUAAUGGACACACAAAAGCUUCUCUACUCUGUUCUCUGCUACUUCCUCUUGUCCCUUCUCUCAGGGCAACAAGUGGUGCAAGGACACUUAGCUCAUCAUCACCACCACCACCACCACCACCACAGCCUCCAUCGUCAGGUUUCUAACACAUCAAAGCUCUUUGUCUUUGGGGAUUCAUAUGCUGAAACAGGCAACACCGCGAAAUCUUCGUCCUCUUGGAAAGAUCCCUACGGUAUCACCUUUCCCAGUAAACCAGCAGGUCGUUUCUCCGAUGGCCGUGUCCUGACCGAUUACGUUGCUAAAUCCAUGGGAAUUAGAUCUCCAAUUCCAUAUAGAUGGAGGAAAUUUGGGAUCCCAUUGCUGAAAUACGGAAUGAACUUUGCUUAUGGAGGCAUGGGUGUUUUUGAGACCCUGAACUCGGGCCCAAACAUGACGACCCAGAUCGAUUUCUUCCAGAAUCUCAUCACAGACAACGUGUUUAACAUAAGUGACAUCCAGUCCUCUGUGACCCUCGUCACCCUCUCUGGCAAUGACUACUAUGCUUACAUUGUCAAUCAUGGCACUGAGGGAAUUCAAUCUUUCAUUCCAAAAGUGGUGAAACAACUUAGUGUAAACUUGAAACGCAUUCAUGGGUUGGGACUGAAAAAGGUAGCAGUGGCAGGCUUACAGCCUUUAGGAUGUCUCCCUCGGAGCACGGCCACAUCCUCAUUCCGACAAUGCAAUGGAACCGUAAACUCGCUUGUGAAUUUCCACAACCUCUUGUUGAAACAAGCCGUGGCUCAGUUGAAUAACGAAACCAAGGACUCGACUUUCGUCAUUCUUGAUCUCUAUGCCUCCUUCACGUCCGUAAUCGACAACAAAGGAAGUAGAAAGUUUGAGAACCCAUUGAAGCCUUGUUGUUUUGGCAUAAGCAGCAAUUAUAGCUGUGGGAGUGUAGAUGAGAGUGGGGCCAAAAAAUAUACACUUUGUGAGGACCCUGAAUCAGCACUCUUCUGGGACAAUGUGCACCCUACGCAGGUGGGAUGGAGUGCUGUGUAUUUAGCUCUGCAGGCCACUCUUCAACAACUUUUCUAGGGUUGUUUGUUUCAUUCGUUUGUUAAGCAAUUCUGCUUUUGUUGCGACUCUUAAGAUAAUCUAGAGAAUAUAAAACUUGAACUGA